AUGCAGCUCACGCAGUUGUUUCGAUUUCACCUGGCUGCUUUGCUUCUGCAGUACGCAGCGACAUGCCAGUUCUCAAUCCUCAGCCACAUCGUGCGGGACAUGGAGUCAUUUGCUCGGCAAGAACCAAAUGUCCUUGAGUUUGUCAGGAAGAACUCUGAGACCUUAGAUAAACGGCUUCUCCAGAGCGCUCUCAUCUAUUACACCAAGAAACAUGGCCCUCCGCAGAUUCGCCCCGGGGUGAAACACACGGUUGCUUCUUUGUACCGAGACGCUCGGACGUUGCUCCGUAUUUCCGCUGAGGAGCUAGAGGCACUCAAGGCAACACUUGCACACCAGCUUGCGGAGGCAGCCGCACAGCGAGAUCGCGAACUGAGGCAGAAGCAACAGGAUAUCCGGCAAGCGUACCAACGACGAAAAACCAUAUCGAGUCUUGUAAAGAGAUGGCGUCAGCCACCUGGUCAACGUGGUUCUCCAGAGUCUUGGUCGGAUGAGAAUUCUGACAAAACAAGCCGUUCAUCGAAUCUGUCGCUCCACCUGGACCCCAUUGAAGAAGCGGAAGACGAAACCCCAAGCGAAUACGACGUGCCAGACACACUGAAUCCUGCGUCAGUGUCUGAUUUUGCUUCUGGGAAUGAUGAGGACAACAACUCUAGUAAUAGUAGUACCAAAAGCGAUGACAAUCAAUCCACCGUAUCAGGCGGGGCACAGGGAGCAUCUGGUCGCAGCUCCGCUCGCCUACCUGAAACUUCUCUAACGCAGUUGGACGACGCGAGAAGCUCUUUUUCUAAGGCUUGGGGGGCCGUCCGGAGUCAUCGUAAAGGAAUUGCUAUCGGAGUAGCAGCUAUAGCACUGGCUGCCGGCUUGGUGGCGGCGCACAAAAAGAUGAAGCCUUGGAAAGGGAUCUCCGGGUCAGGGGCAUAUUCCUGGGAUGUGGCUACAUGCAGUCUUUUGCUGAAGUUCGACCUCUCGCGUCGUUUGAAGGCAAUGGGAACAGUGGUCGAUAUCAUCCGUGUCGCGGCAAACAACUUUGAGGGGGAGCUAGAAGUUACAUACAAAGAAAAACCAGCCUUUGCCAGCUCAAGAGGGAAAGAACUGGUCUUUCCGCUCGCAUUCUACCUGUCCUUGGGAUUCGCAACGACAACGAGGAAGGAAACUUUCGUUAUUCCUCCCAACUGUGUAGCGUCGCGGUCUUCGACUUUCGUAGUUUCUAGGAACGGGGCAGCUGUCGAAGAGGCCAUUGUAGAUUUGGAUUACCGUCCAGCGUCCUUUGCAGUUCCGCGGGAGGUUGUGGACAGCAAGAAAGUCGAGAGCUUUCUGCAGUCAAUGAGCGACUCUGAUAACCACUGGACACUCUAUCCGCAGUGCAUUCUUCACUUGGCCAUCAGGAGUGAUGCAUUGCAAGGAUCACCCAUUGUUCUGGUGGAUUCUGCAAGGGGCAUAGUUGCCCUAGGCAACCGAGCCAUGGAAGACGAAGUCUUCGUCGUCCCUCCUGAGUGCCAGGCGCGCACUCCGAAUGAUGUGAAGUACCUCUCUUUGGAAAGAACAAUCGACGACGCGAGAUACAUCGACAUUGUGUUAGUUUUGGAAGAAGUCGAUGGUAGUGCUAACCAAACUUGGACAGAGAUUCGAAAUGGCGCCGACGUGGACCCUGAAAAGGUUUUGGCUUCGCGCUUGGCGGUAGCUGCUGAAGGGGCGUGA